CUUGUUUAUCACAACACAAAGGUCACAGUCGGUUUGCGAGCCUGGGAUCUAAUGCGGUGCCUUCUGACGUCCCGGGACGAACAACAGCUUUUAACUUUUACAGUUAAAAGAAAAUGAGUCACACGGAUGAAUAACCGAGCCUCGUAUCUACUGCGACGAUGCUGUGUCUGGGUGUAAAGGUGGCGAGGACGUCGUUGUCUUUACAAAAGCUGUGCGUCCUGUCCCUGCUGCACAUCACACGUGGGUCCCGUCUCUGCGCCGUGGAGUCGUGGAGGAGAUGCCUCUCGUCCGGACCCGGCUGCCCUGCUCCUCCGACGGGCUCCUCUGAGGCAGAACCCGACCACCCCACCUGCGCCUGGUCUCCGGAGCACGGCCCGCCGGCGGCCCCCACCCACUGCUGCAUGAGCGGCUGUCACAACUGUGUGUGGAUCGAGCACGCCGAGCAGCUGCUGGAGUUCUACCACGACGGAGGGGACCGGGCGCUCGCCGCCAUCGAGGAGACCGUGCUGGAUGAGAACCUUAAAACCUACCUGAAGAUGGAGAUAAGACUCUUGAAGAAGACAUGAGGGGGGGGGAUUGUUGCUGUGAGAGUUUAAGCAGCUUGGAACACGCUCCUGUGGCUGUGAUGGUUCUACCUCCACAUCUUCACUGCCUCCUGGAUCACUCACACAGAGACCUGCUUCUACAGCCACAUUUUGCACAUUUGCUGUAUUUAUUAGAACUGAAGUGUUAAUAAUGUAUUUUGUGUGUACUUCAUUAUAUUUAAUAGACCCUCUGUCUAUCUUAAUUAUGCAUUUUAAAUGUUUUUAAAUUAAUUGUUAAAUAAAGAGUUUCCUUGACAUCA